UUCCACAAAGGCAACAUAAUCGAAUAUACACCGGACAACACCCAACCCCGACCGAAUCAAAAUCAUGCCGUACUACGCUUAUCUCCAAGAGCACGUCGUCGACGGGGCGCAGGAACCCGUCCUACAAAGAUACUACCUGGUAACUGCUGCCAAUGCCAUUGCGGCCAGUGAUUUCUUUGUCGGACUGGGCAAAUAUGCUGAGACAAAGAACGGUCGGGUGUAUAGUACUACGGCCGAGACCAUGGAGUGGUGGAACUGUACGGUUAGAUCAGCCGGUGACAUCCGAUGGAUCUACAACGAAAUCAUGGCCCAUAGGCCUGAGAAUUACAACAACGUUGAAGAGUUGGCCGAUUGCCGUGGUAAAAUCAUUCUCUGCGAGUUGAACAUAGCGAAUUGGCCAAUUAUUCCUGUCACUCAGAACACUUCGCUUGAUUAUAGGGAUCACCAAAUCUAAUAGAUCAGCCAUUUUACCAUAUGACGAGGAUACAUUGGCUGAUUGGAAUGCUGAUGGUUGAUGAAGUCUUCGUCUUGGGGACCCAGAAUGGUUUAUGGGUACGGUCACGUGGUUGUCGGUUUCCCGAACCUCUCAGCAGAAGCAUGUAUC